GCAGUUCUCUGGCCUGUUAUCCAGGAGCUCAGCCUUGGUCCCUCCUGGCCUGGUAAUCUACCAAUCUCCACCUUGACUUCUUGGAAUCCGUCUUCUCGCUCUGGUGCUGCCUGGUGGACAGGGACACAAAGUGGGCAGGUAAACUGAGUCACACAGCUUGUUCACAGAAAUAUUCCCAUGUUCUCUCGCUCCUCCCCAGACUCCUGCUGCCGGGAAGGGGCACACCUGGGCUAGAGAUCAGCCGUCCUCCAGCAGAGCCCUACUGCUCCGGGUGCCAGGUCCUGACCCAGUAGGUUCCCCCCACUCAGCGGGUCUAGAGAGAUGGAUCAACUCCGGGAGGACGUCACCUGCUCCAUCUGCCUGGAUGUCUUGGACGACCCUGUCUCCAUAGAGUGCAGCCACAACUUCUGCCAGGGCUGCCUCGUGGCUCACUGGCGCAGGGUCUCGGCCCAGGGCUACCAGUGCCCCGAGUGCCGGACUCCCUGCUCCAGGGACAGGAUGACCCCAGACACGCGGCCGAGAGCCCUGGUGAAGAAAAUCACAGAGCCCCUGCGGGAAGAGAUGGAGCUGGAGGCUGUGGAUGCGUCAUGGAUGGGCCGAGAGGACGAGGCCCUGGGGGGGGUUGAGUGUCGCAAUGGGACAGCGACCAUGACGAGGGGCGUGUGGAUGUGGGACCAACCCCUCUGGGUCCAAGCCCAGGGGAGGAGGACCAAAUGCAUGCUGCUCGUGCGUGCUUUGACAUCUCCUAAGAAAUGUUGA